CCCCUUGGGUUGAGUCUCUUUGCCCCCUCUCAUGAGGGUGUUUUCUGUCGGCCACUGCUUACUUAGUCCUCCAAACAUCUUUCCACUGAUUUCCUUUCCUUUCUUUGUGGAGGUCAUCGCUACUGGGUGUCCCAAAUCUCUUAUCCUUUACUCACUGUGCUUGCCUCUCCCACCAACCCUCGUCCUUUCUAAUCAUUGUCUCCUUCAGCCUUUUCCUCUUGGGUUUCUCAAGGCCAAGUCACUGGGGGGCCUGUGUUCCUUGAAUCUCAAGCUCACAGAUUUGGUAUCCAUGCCUGCUGUGUGGGACGAAGAAAUGCUUGUGUGUGGGUAUGUGAAUGAGUUGAUUGGUGAUGGGAUACAGCCAUACAGGAGGUCUCCUUCGGAACUAGUAACUGCGUCUACUUGGACAGAGGUGGACUCUCUACUGUUGGGUUUAGUGGUUGCCCUUAAAUUAUUAAAGGUCCCAUGAUUUCUACAAUCCUUAACUGCCAAGGGAAGCGAUCUCCCUUGGUGGUGCAGUGCUAAUUGAGGAUAGUACUAUUUGAUCCUUUAUCCUUUUACUGUGUUUAUAUUUUCUGUGAUUAAGUCCGAUAUUAGAUAAGUGGAGCUUGUGUAUGAAGUUUGAAGGUGACAUAGGUUGCAAGGUU